UUUAAAACUGCAAAGUUAGGGCAGAAUUGGAGGAAAGAGGAAGAAGGCGAUGGCGAGGAGCAAGAGCAAGAGCAAGAGCCGGAGCCGGAGUCGCAGCUACAGCCCGAGGAAGAGCUGGAGCCGGAGCCGCAGCCGCAGCGAGAGCCGGAGCUGGAGUCCGCCUGCCAGUCGCAAGCGCCGAGGAGGAGGUCACGACGAUCGGCGCCGCGUCCCGACUCCGCCUUGCAGCCUGCUCGUCAGGAAUAUCUCGCGAUCGGCGAGGCCAGAGGACGUUCGCGGCCCCUUUGAGCAGUUUGGACACAUCAAGGACGUGUAUUUGCCCAAGGAUUUCUACACCGGUGAGCCUCGAGGAUUUGGCUUCGUGCAGUACAUGAACCCUGAGGACGCAGCGCGGGCAAAGCAUCAUAUGGAUCGACAAGUUCUCGGCGGUCGCGAAAUCACCGUAGUUUUCGCCGAAGAAAACCGCAAGAAGCCAUCGGAGAUGCGAAUGAAGAGCAGAGUCAGUGGCUGGGGAAGCCGGUAUGGAGGUGGUGGCUAUUACAGACAUUCUCCUCGGCGGUUUAGAUCUCGAUCGAGAUCGUACUCACCAGGAAGACGUUAUCGGUCCUCGAGGUAUGAUAGCGAUCGCCAUGGAAGGUCUCGCUACUCUUCUCCAAGUCCUGCUCGUUAUCGAAGUCCUCGCCACAGUCCAAGUGAAUCGUGGUCUUCGCCAAGGGGACGACGUGCGGAUUCUCGUUCAGCUUCUCCUGAAAAGAAUGGCCGCAAGAGCUCCUCCCGCAGCCCAUCCAGAGAGCCUCGAAGAGCAGCGGCAUCGCCAGCAGCAACAGCUAGAGACUAAACUUUAGUCUGAAACAUCACUACGUAGAACUAACCUGGAGGAGAUGAUCAUCUCCGCCAUAAGAACACACUCGCUGACACUUUUUUUUCCACUGAAGUAAGUCCAAUCUUUUUCGUAA